UUGCCGGCGGUCGACCGCAGUGCACCUGUGUCCGCCACUUUUCCCCGAGGCGCUUCACCAUCUUUCUGCGAGUCACCACCUAUCUUUUCACAAGCAGCGCGAAUGUCACUCGUUUCUCUGUCAUUAUUCUUCCUACUAUACUGAUUCAUCCGCUUCCUUAGCCUUCUUUUCUUCCACCGCUCUGCGCACACCUCCAAUCCCCAGGUCCAGCGCCUCUCUCCCGAUCACGGUGUUGCACGUAUUCUCUUCCGUACACAAAUCACAGCACCCUCGAGCGAGCAUCCAUCCUCCAGAAGUCAGGAACGCCAGCCACGAUGCCCGCCAAUCCCUUCGUCGACAUCUACAGCGAGCCCGUCUUCACCAACAUUCCCCGCAGCUGUGACCAGCAUGCAGCCAAGGUCCUCGAGUUCCCAGACACCGUGCAAGUCCCCUUUAUCCAGGCCGUCCCACCGAUGCCCGCCUGGAGCCCUGAAUCGAGUGUCUCCUCCCUUGCCAGGGGCCCAUCCGUGACUCCUCAAUCAUUUUACGCAUCGAUCAAGUGGACCAAUGCCGACCUGCAAUACCUCCUUAGCGUCCUCUGCCCUAAUAAGAUGUUCUUCGACGACUUCAUCUUCGAACCACCCCUUGAAGAGCUCCAGGGAGCCAGUUCCCCAGUCCAGCUACACCUCUACGUCUGCGUCCCGUACCAGAUCCCGCCGGAAGCUUACUCCGCCAGCGCGCCAAUCGGCACCGGCCGCCCCAUCUCGAAGGCCUUCGUGGCAUCCUCAAAGUCCUGUUCCUCACCCAGUGAGGCCCGUCAAUCCCUCGCCGAAGCGCUCCUGGCCGACCGAGACGCGUUCAGCUUCGUCGCCGCCCGGUUUACUCUUCUCUCCACGCUCUACAGCCUCCCGAUGGCUUCAAUAGCCGGCAUAAAGCGUGGAAUGGCAGCCAUGGCGCAGACGUCGGCUUCAGAACUGUCCGCCAGGCUCAAACAGUUGCGGGAUGCAGGUGUGAAUCACUCCUGGGAGUUUGAUGCGCAGUUGGAGAGGCUCUUGCUGGAGGAGAUGUUCCCGCUGAAGCAGAAGUCCUUGCUGAGGGGUGGAAUGUGGCAGUUGCAGAUGUGGAUCGGGUGUGUGGAGGUGGCGUUGUGGUUGAGUCAGGAGAGAAGGGAGUUUUUUGCAGAAGUGUAUGGCGAGGCGGGGGCGUUCCUAAAGACUGCACUUCAGAGUAUGCCUGGCGGAAGCUGGAAUGCUGAGGGGUCUUUUGCAUAGCAUACCAGGCGCCGUAACAGGCUAUAAGGGCAUUUGGGCUAGCACAUAAGGGAGC